GACUCCCCCUCUGCUAAUGCAACAUUAAUUUCAGACACCUUUGUGCAUCAGAUCCAAGCAUGUUUGUGUUGCUUUACAUUACAAGUUUUGCCAUCUACACAAGUGAACAGCCUCUUCAAAACCAGUUCAAAGGAGAAAAUUACUCCACCAGAUACAUCUGUAGCAUCCCUGGUUUGCCAGGUCCUGCAGGUCCUCCCGGAGCCAAUGGAUCCCCUGGACCUCACGGACGCAUUGGUCUUCCAGGAAGAGAUGGAAGAGAUGGCAGGAAGGGAGAAAAAGGUGAAAAAGGGAGUGCAGGUCUGAGAGGAAAGACUGGGGCAGUAGGACCAACUGGAGAGAAAGGAGACCAAGGUCAGUCUGGUAAAAAAGGACCUGGAGGACUGACUGGUGCCAAAGGUGAAAUAGGUCCAGCUGGACCUCCUGGACCUAAGGGAGAUAAAGGAGACCGAGGAGAACCAGGAGCACCAGGGGUCUGUAAAUGUGGACAGAUCGUGCUGAAAUCUGCCUUCUCUGUUGGCAUCACCACCAGCUACCCAGAGGAAAGACUGCCCAUCGUGUUCAACAAAGUACUCUUCAACGAGGGGGAGCAUUACAACCCUUCCACGGGGAAGUUUAUUUGUGCCAUCCCAGGGAUUUAUUAUUUUUCUUACGACAUCACCUUAGCAAACAAACACCUUGCAAUUGGGCUGGUUCACAACGGGAAGUACCGGAUAAAGACUUUUGAUGCCAACACGGGCAACCACGACGUGGCUUCGGGCUCCACAGUGAUCUACCUUCAGCCAGAGGAUGAAGUGUGGCUUGAGAUCUUCUACACUGACCAAAAUGGUCUCUUUUCUGAUCCAACGUGGGCAGACAGUUUGUUUUCUGGUUUCCUCUUGUAUGUUGAUACAGAUUACCUUGAUGCUUUAUCAAAUGAUGAUGAGCUCUGAAGCAGGUGACAUCAAAGGACAUUCGAACUGGACAUCCUGACACAGGAUUUUAUCUAGCUAGGUGAGGGACACAAAGCUGGAAAACACAUAAAUAAUGUGGGAGUUUCUUUUUGCUUGAAGAGGAACCAAAUCUGAGCUCAUGAGAAUCUAACCUGGAUUUUUUUUAUGAACAGGAGGGUUAUCAAAAGCAACCGUGAUUAACA